AUGACCCGUAAAAAGUUCAACUCCGACUUGGCUUACGCUUCCCAGCAGGCAGUAACGCAUAUCUCCAGUGUCGCCAAAGGAGACGAUGAUGGUCAGAUUGUCCUCACCUUCUCACAUGACAAUCUGUCAUCCCCUCUUGUCAUCCGUUUGAUCGCUCUGAGUAUCGAUAGCUAUCCAAGCUGCUCUGGCUUCCUGGCUUACACCGACGAUGAGGCUAUCCCUCAUGCCGUUUCUGGUCUCUUUGACGACCUCCCCAAUCUGAGCCAAAGGAAGACAGUACUUGAAACGCUGGACUUGCUGUCAAAGAAACUCAGUGCUGCCCUCACUUCAGAGUCCGAUAACGGUUCUGAUGUCGAGAUGACGGAUGUGGAUGACUUAGACGAACAAAGCAUUGAUACAGAGGAUGAAUACGACUAUGGAUUCAACGACGAUGUUGAUUUUGGUCUUGGUACCACAACCCCAGCUACUCUCCAGCAAUUGCCCACAGCCACCAAGGAAGAAGUUAAGAUCACCAGUCGUUUUAUUGACGAUAUUCGCAAAGCCAAAGAGGUUGGCUUCAAGAUUGCACUACUCAGUGACGUUUCCAAGCACCAGACAGACUGCAUCUUUGCACUUUCCCUACCCGUUCACCAUCUUGGACUUCCAGACGACACUCUCGAGGCCUGGGAUGUUGAAUCCUCAAGUUAUGUCGUCUUGCUUUGCCGAUAUACUUCUGGAUACCCUUGCGUGGAGAACUUUACAAAUCUUCCUCCUGGCCACCCUUCAACAAUGCAGUUCCUCUUCGGAAAAUGUGCAAACUACAAACCCACUUUGAGCUCGGCCGUAACUGCGUUCAACCCCAAAUUCAACCACAUCAAAGGUGAACCAGUUGAAGGUUCCCUACGAUAUGAAACUGAGGAGCAGGGCGCUCCAUUCGUUCAGAUGCCCAUUACCAACUCAAUCAACACAUUCAUGAACACUGAACUGGCGCUGCUGCUGAAGUACCGAUUGAAACAUGGAGUUUCAUGGGACCGAGCUAAAGAACUGCUGCAAGAACAUGCUAAAGCAGGUCAUCUGCGCCAAGAUGAUGGCAUUUUGGCUCACGAUACUAGCGAUACUGCAGAAGAAGAAGAACAGGUUUCAGCUACAGCCCGACCUUUGCUCAACCGGGAUUAUGUUCAAGACGGUUAUGCUACCGCCAACUCCCCCCCUCAAACUCAGCAGCUAAGUAUGCCUUUGAUCGCUAUGCAGUUUGCUUUGCGAUACUUCGUUAAAAGCACAAAAUAUUGUGUCGUCUGCCAUCGAAAGGCAGAGCCGGGCUUCACCGCGAUUAAACCAUACGUUUGCACCGAGCCGCUGUGUCUCUUUCAGUACAUGGCUUUGGGCUUGGGCCCUAGUAUUGAGCAUGAAAUCAUUGCCCGACCUUAUGUUGUCGAUCUUCUCGUAAGCUUCUGCGCUGCUGGGCUGCAUUCUGACCGAAUCAGAGAGUGGCCACAGGGCUUAGCUAUCAAAGUGCCUCUUUUGAUGACUCACUCCUUGCAGAAAUUACUUGAAUACACUUCAGGGGAUACCAACAGUUUCGGCGACCAAGUGGCAACGCCUCCCACUGAGAUGGUCGUUCAUGAGCCUAGAUCUGUGUGGACUUCGAUAUCCGCCGGUGAAUUUAACCUGGACAGUACACAAAACUAUCCACUGAAGGCGGGAGAUAUCAUCAUUUUAACCAAAAAGCCUUCUGUCACCGAUAGAAGCAAUUACUAUGAAGUACACCAUUGUCGAAUUCGAAAUGUGGACAUCGCCCGCGGCGCCGACGGGAACGUUGCUGGCAGAAUUGUUGAGUUUGACUGCCUGGUGUCUGCGCCACGAUAUCCCAACAUAAGCAAAGAAUCACGAUGCUAUGGACCGGAGUCGCUUUCAGUUCCAGCCAACGAAGACCAGAGCAGCGAAUCAACCGAAAACAACGAAGGAAAUAUGGAGCUAUACUUAUACGAGCACGACCUUGACGACCUACCUCCUGUGUGUCAAAGAGAGGCUUUGCUUACCCUGGUGCAAGCUGUGCCCCCUAUCCGGACUUUGCGGGAAUACCUCCUAAGUCACAAAGGCUCUUCUCUGGACAAGUGUGACAAGAUUCCCAAAUCUGCACUUGCUUUGCUUCGAUGGAUUGUGGCCUCUAACCGUUCGUACAUUGUUCAACUUGAACAGAGCGACGAGGUUGACAAUGGCUCGGGCGUGAACAACCGCAGCAGAGAACAUGAGAAGAUAGACGGACUGGACAAUACCUGGAUGCAGUUCCGUUUUGCGCAGGGAUCUCCUGAAAAGGAGCACCGAUUUAAACAAGCCCUGGAUCAGCAGACGUCAAGCUCUCACCCUACAAUCUUUGCGUGGCACGGCAGUCCGCUUGGAAACUGGCACAGCAUCAUCAGAUCUGGCCUUGACUUCAAGGAUACACUCCACGGCCGUGCCCACGGACACGGAGUGUACUUCAGCAAUCAAUUCGGUACCAGUCAGCACUAUAGCGGACACGGAAGUAAUCCCACUGUCUGGGUUGGAUCGGAAUUGAACGUAACUAUCGCCCUCAGUCUUUGUGAGAUUGUCAACAAAACAAGCCAGUUCCGAUGUAUAUCUCCAUGCUAUGUCGUCGACAAGGUCGACUGGAUUCAAUGCCGCUACCUAGUUAUCCAGAGAAAGCUUUCUCCCACGCCUCAAGUCCCCACUACCGAGCAGGACGAUUCCGAAACACGAUACAUUGCUCAGGAUCCUAAAUGGGUUGUUUGUGGACUCAAGAGUCAACCCGUAAGGAUUCCUGCGGCUGCUCUUCCGAAAUGGCGUCAAAAUGCGACAACUUCAAGCCUACCUCUGUCUCAACAAACCAACGCAGACGAUGAGGCAAGCAAUGCACUCGAUGAUGAGUCCGACGACUUCGAUACUAUCGUAAACAUACAGGAGAAUAACUCACAAAAUGAUCAAAUAGAAGAUGAAGAAGAGGAGAAUAACACAAUCAUCCUUGGAUCUGACCCGGAAAAGUUGAGCUUCACACAAGGCACCCUUGAUGUGGCCUCGCUCCCCCAACUCCCACCCCCGAUGUGGGCCACGGACAACGGACGGAAGCUGCUCGGUAGAGAGCUCAGCAAGCUACAGAAGCUUCAAUCAAUGACUCCUCUGCAUGAGCUUGGCUGGUAUAUUGACUUUGAAAAGAUCACGAACAUGUUCCAAUGGAUUGUCGAGCUCCACAGCUUUGAGCUAUCUCUGCCACUGGCGCAGGACAUGAAACGUAACGGCGUCAACAGUGUCGUUCUCGAGAUUCGAUUUGGUCAACAAUUUCCACUCUCUCCGCCUUUCGUCCGCGUCAUUCGUCCGAGAUUCUUGCCCUUCUCGCAAAGGGGGGGUGGUCAUGUUACAGGCGGCGGCGCCUUGUGCAUGGAACUUUUGACGAACAGCGGUUGGAGCCCAGUGAGUAGCAUGGAGAGUGUGUUGCUCCAAGUCCGCAUGGCGAUGUGCAAUCUCGAGCCGUUCCCAGCCCGACUUAUGGGCAGUUCUGGGGGCUCUUCGACGAGUGAUUAUGGAAUAUCUGAGGCUAUUGACGCGUAUAAGCGAGCUGCCGCCGCUCACGGUUGGCAGGUGCCUUCUGAUCUGGAUGCAACAGCCCGCGGACUUUAA